AUGAUUCAUAAACAUGCCUUUGAAGCAUUGGAUAGAACCUUAAAAGAUAUAUUGAUGUCUGAUGGUUCAAAUAGCGAAGCUUUACCGUUUGGAGGAAAAGUAAUUGUAUUUGGUGGUGACUUUAGACAAAUUCUUCCUGUUGUUCCUAAUGGCUCUAGACAAGAUAUCGUGAACGCUUCACUGAGUUCAUCAUAUAUAUGGAAUAAAUGCAAGUUACUAACGCUAACAAAAAACAUGAGGCUCACUAUUGGCAUGAAUCAUGGUGAUAUUAACAAGACAAAAGAGUUUGCUAAAUGGCUUUUGGAUAUUGGCAAGGGAAAACUUGGUGGUCGCAACGACGGGGAAGCUGUUAUUGAUGUACCUCAAGAACUGUUGAUUACUGAUUCCACUAACCCUAUCGGUAGUCUGAUCAACUUUGUGUAUCCUUCGAUACUUGAAUCGUUCAAUGAUCCAAAUUAUUUUCAAGAAAGAGCGAUAAUUGCUCCUAAGAACGACGUUGUUCACGAGAUAAAUGAUACCUUAUUAGCAAUGUUUCCUGGUGAUCAUAAAGAGUAUCUAAGUUCAGAUUCUAUAUGCCAAUCUGAGAAUGUAACUGACCAUAUUCGACACAAUGUUUACCCCCCCUGA